AUGCAGCAUCUUCCCUUCCUCCUCGACGCGGUCCCAGUGCUCACCGGUACGGAUCUGCAGCUGCUGCUGGAGGAACCACUGCACUGGACAGUUAUUGAGUGGAGAGUGGCACUGGAGACAGAACCCCGGCAGCGCAUCCUGGUGUCUGUGAAGGACAAAGUCAAACAUACAAACAGUUCUUUUUCUAAGAGAGCCACCUUCCAGUGGGAGCCCCUCUCCCUGCAGAUCAGUGCUGUCACCCAAGCAGACAGCGGCAACUAUUCUGCAAUAAUUGAAAAUAGAGAUGGCUCCGUUUUGACCAAGUGCUUCCACGUGUCAGUGUGGGAGCCCGUGGGCAGCCCACACCUGGAGACACGCGUGCUGCAGCAGGAUGAGGAACGGUGCAGCCUCCAGCUGUCCUGCACUGUGCCUGGGGCCAGCGCCGUGUCCUACAGCUGGUCCCGUGACAGGGAGCCACUGGGCAACCAGAGCGUGCUGGAAGUGCCCGAGGAUGUGCAGCCUGGGCUCUAUGUCUGCAAUGUGAGCAACCCGGCCAGCUGGAGCAUUGCCAGAAUCGACACGGCCACAGCCUGCACCCAGACAGGGCUGUUUGGUGCCAUCCCGUGGUGGGCAGUGAUGGUGGUGCUGGUGCUGGCUGUCUGCAUUGUUGGCUCCACCACCUACUGGUGCUGGAGGAGGAGGAGGAAGGACAGCCCUGCAGAUCUGACCCCCCCUGCUCUCCCAGAACACACGGAGCCAUCGCUGACUGUCUAUGAGGAGGUGGGCAAAGCCCGAACCGGUCGAGAGCCUAACGGGAACAGUGAGGCUCACAUAGUAGGAAACACUGUCUACGCUGUGGUCAACCCCAAAGGACAGAGGCCCAGAAGCCCUCAGAAGCCUGAAAGUUGCACCAUUUACUCCACUGUUCAGCCCAGGAUGAAGUCCCCCUCCUUCAAGAGGAAGAAGUUGGACCGAGCCCUGGUUUCUACUGCCUACAUGGAGGUGACGGCGCCUCUGAGACGUUACCCCUCAUCUCAGAACUCACCCACACCUCCCACGGACCACCGCAACUCCUGACCCCCGCAGGAACUCA